AUGAUUUCGUUUGUUUCAGGUAAAUCAACCUUACUAUCUCCUCUGUUAAUUGCUGAAGGUUAUGAUAAUGUAAUUAUUACACAACCCCGACGUUUACCAUGUAAUAUGAUUUCAGAACGUCUUAAUUCAACAAUUUAUUCUGAUUUAAGUGGUUGGGCAAUAAAUGGUGCUGAAUCAAAUGUUAAAGCUAAAAUGGUUUUUCUUACCGAUGGUUUACUUAGAGAACGUUUUAUGAAUGACACAAAUUUUAUAACAGAAGAAAUAAAAUUAAAUAAAUCUGUUGUUUUUUAUUGA